UGCCAUAGGCCCUAGACUGCGUCGUUUUCUGCAGCACAAGAUGGAUCACUCUUCUAUUGGAAUUACCAAAAAGAGAAUCCGCCGUCAUUAACACGAUAGCGACAUCUACAUAUCUACAUCUAUACGUACCGUAAAACAGGAUGGAUUUGCACAAAUCAAUGAUUGCCACCAAUUUUGAAGUUUAUUAGGAAGCAAAAAGUAUUUGCAUGUUUCUGACAUAUUUCCUGGUGAGAUUCUAGAUCCACAACCAAAAGUGAUGAUGCCGAGAGAUCCCUUUUUGUGCAUUUUCUGAAACAUAAAAAAUGGUGGUGACUUUACACAACAACAUCAAGCUGUUUGGUGACCCUGUGUAUCUUCACGUUGAGGGAGCAUCCCUUGUCAGUUGUCAGAAAAGCAAACAGCCAGAUGUUCCAGCCAUGACGUGCACGUGUGACAGUCCAAAGAGCUUUAAAAAAUCAUCAAAAUUGCGGCUACCACAGACGCAACAAGCAGAAGACAGAAGGGGGUCAGUGUCGGCCCCUGAUAGGCGGUCCCUUUUCGGACCUCUGUUCAGACUCACCCGUUGGAAAAGAAGACGCUCCAGGAAGGACCUAAGUUGUGACGUCAUCAGGCCGCUCUCUCGUGAAUUUGUCCGGCUCUGGUGGGAUAACUCCAGCGCGUCUUCCGAAGAGGCGGAUUCAGACCCAGCGGUGAUAAACGUCACUCCCAGACGCCUCCCUGGCCCGCUAAACAUGCCUGAUUGUCCAGUGUUUGACCACGCAACCCCGUGUCCGGUCCCUGGGACCGCGGACCUCACACAGUUGGCACAUAUGCAAGGGGUGACAGUGUACAAGUUUCCCCGACCGUGCUUCACACCAGCUUUAGGCAACUCCUGCAACGCCUUGUAUCACGUGAUCAACCACAAGGGUCAGUUAACCGUCCACUUGCUGUGCUGAUGUCACAACGUUCCUAACAGAUCGUUCUCGCGACGUGACCUUGUACAGUCAAGGUCGUCUGCUGGGUUUCAUCAAACAGCCCAACAGAUGGUACGGCCUACAUCUUGAAAUCAGGCGGGAGCGCCUGGGCCCCGCUCUCUACGACGUCAUAGGAUAUGAAGGAGACAGUUAUCAGGUGUUCGAGAAACUGGGAACAGGGCGCAGACUGGUGGGUCACAUAUGCGGCCAAUGGAGCAGUCAGUCCAGUGUGAUGUACUGGGGCUUCUACUCCAGCUAUCUGGGUCUCACCUUUCCCCUAGAGCUGAUGGUGGACCUCAAGGCCUUGCUGCUCGGGGUGGCCUUCCUUCUAUACGUGCUCCGCUAUGACCACAAGUAGACCAGCUGAUUUAUUCCAGAAAGGUCAGCUGACUACAGGAAGAUGGUCAUUCAACUUCAACAAAAUGGACCAACUGACCAUCUGCUUUUUUGAGACGUGUCCCUUUGCCGUUCUCAACGGGAACUGCUGAGAAACGAAUUUCAAAGUAACAACGUGCUCUUUGAUUCAAUGGUCUGACUCGUGACGGUGUGGGUGUGACAACAAAAUGAGGCACUGAAGUCGUUGAUGAGGCACAGGUCUGGGAAAAACCAAAAACAACGUUAAGUCUGGACUAGACUAGUACCCGCAUGGUUCAUUCGGAGUACAUGUAUACAUCCACAUACACUAUACACACGGGCCAUUCUCAUGUUUACAUGCA